AGGACGGUAUGCAGUACCUGCACUAGCAUUUCUAUUUGUAAUCUUAUUAUAUUCUUCUUCCAUUUUGUUACUGUGGUUUUCUUUAUUUUUGGUACAUGUCAUAUUACAUCUUUCUAUUAGGUUACCAUCGUAAUCGGCUGUACCCACCCUAUUAUCUUUUCGUUCACUUCCACAGCAAUUUUUGCAAUUUUCAUAUAAAGGUACAUACAUCAUCAUCAUCUAUAAGUAUUAAAUGUAAUAAUUUGAUAUAGUAAUAAACCCGAAAUUAAUAUAUUCGUAUAAAAAAAACUGCACAACUUUUCUGGGAAUUAAUUUAUAGCACUAUUGCGGGCUCACUAGCACAAUUGCUUAUUUGAAUGUGGUCACACUGUCUGUUUAUCAUUAAUUUGUAAUUAAUUGUUUCGUUUGUGAUUUGCGGUCUUGUUUAAUGUUUUACAUUGCUCUUAUGAUAAUUUGCUUUAUGAAGUUUAUAAAUAAAUAAUAAUGAACGGUUUCAUAGCCGUUCACUGUGGAGCUGGUUAUCACAGUGACUCUUUGAAAAAGGAAUACCAGAAAACUUGCUAUAACGCUUGUAGGAAAGCUGCGGAAACACUAAAGAAUGGUGGACAUGCAGUUGAGGCAGUGGAAAAAGCUAUAAUUGAACUAGAAAACAGUCCACUCACCAAUGCAGGUUUUGGCUCCAACUUAAGUUGGGAUGGUCUAGUGGAAUGUGAUGCUUCUCUAAUGAAUGGUCAAACAUUGCAUUUUGGAGCUUGUGGAGCAGUAUCUAAUGUGUGGAAUCCAAUAACAUUAGCAAAACAUCUUUGUAUCAAACAAUGUGAUAACCUUUCUCUCGGACGUGUGCCUCCAUGCAUACUCACUGGACAAGGAGCUCAACUAUGGGCAGAAAGAAUGGGUAUAGGAAUUGUUGAAAAUAAAAAAAUGAUCUCAGCUCGUUCAUUACGAAAUUAUAAACACUGUAAAAGAAAAUUAAAGAGAUACUCCCUUCAAAAUGAUAUAAAAUUUAGUCCAUUGGAUACUGUAGGAGCUAUAUGUGUUGAUUCAAAUGGUGUUGUGGCAUCUGGAGCCAGCUCAGGUGGAGUUUCACUCAAGCAUGAAGGGAGAGUCGGUCAAGCAGCAUCUUUUGGAAGUGGAGUGUGGGCAGUAAUGAGUAGAGACAAUAAAAAGCCUUCAGUAGCUGCUUGCACCUCUGGAUGUGGUGAACAUUUAAUACGUACUCAGUUAGCUAAAAAUACUGCAGAGAGUUUGUUAGAAGCUUCUCCAAUUUUAGGUUUGGAUAAAUGUUUCAAAGAACAUUUUUUAGAAUCACCCUUCUUAUGGGAUGUUCCUGAAAGGUUAGGCGGUACUCUGGCCUUAAGAUUUGAUUCAGAUAUUGGUGAAGGUGAACUGCUUUGGGGUCACACAACUAAAACAAUGUGCAUUGGUUAUAUGUCUACUCAAAAUGAAAGACCAAAGUGUAUAAUAUCUUAUUUACCUCCAAAAGUCGAGCCAGGCCAAAAAGCAGUUGUCUCUGGACGUCCAUUUAAAGUGCCAAUACAACCAUGUCCAGUUUUACAGUGGGAAAUCAAGACUGCACCCAAUUGUAAUGGAUCUCUUUAAUUUAAUUUUAUUAUUUAAAAGUAUUAUGAUACAUUAAAAUUACAUCAUUUCCUGUGAACAUGGAGUGCUUUUAAUUAUCAUAAGACUAGAAUAUUAUUUUCUCUUGUUCAUUUUCAUAUUAUUAAUAUUUGUAAAAUAGUAUGACUAACUCUUCUUUGUCGAUCUUUAUUUAUGGAAGUAUAAAUAAUAAGUAGCAAUUCAAAUUGGAUU